UUUUGCAGUGAUCUUAAUUGACUUGGCAAAAUGGCUACUGGACAACUUUUCUCCAAGACUACACAAGCGUUGUUCUACAACUACAAGCAGCUUCCUAUUCAGCGCAUGCUUGAUUUUGAUUUCCUUUGUGGGAGGGAAACACCAUCUGUUGCUGGAAUUAUUAAUCCUGGUUCUGAGGGAUUCCAGAAACUUUUCUUUGGUCAGGAGGAAAUUGCAAUCCCAGUACACUCAACCAUUGAAGCCGCCUGUGCUGCACAUCCCACGGCUGAUGUUUUCAUUAACUUUGCAUCUUUCAGAAGUGCCGCUGCUUCCUCCAUGUCGGCUCUUAAACAGCCAACCAUCAAAGUUGCAGCUAUUAUAGCUGAAGGUGUUCCCGAGUCAGAUGCUAAAGAGCUGAUUGCUUAUGCAAAGGCAAACAAUAAGGUGGUUAUUGGUCCAGCUACUGUUGGAGGUAUUCAAGCUGGUGCAUUUAAGAUUGGUGAUACUGCUGGAACUAUUGAUAACAUUAUUCAGUGCAAACUUUACCGACCUGGAUCUGUGGGAUUUGUCUCAAAAUCUGGUGGUAUGUCUAAUGAAUUAUACAAUUCAAUUGCUCGUGUCACUGAUGGAAUUUAUGAAGGAAUUGCAAUCGGUGGAGAUGUUUUCCCUGGCUCUACCCUUUCUGAUCACGUUUUGCGCUUCAACAAUAUCCCACAGGUUAAAAUGGUGGUUGUUCUCGGGGAACUUGGUGGACGAGAUGAAUAUUCCUUGGUUGAAGCCUUGAAGCAGGGAAAAAUCAACAAGCCUGUUGUUGCCUGGGUUAGUGGAACUUGUGCUACGCUCUUCAAGUCAGAAGUACAAUUUGGUCAUGCGGGGGCAAAGAGUGGUGGCGAAAUGGAGUCUGCACAAGCAAAGAAUCAAGCACUCAGAGACGCUGGAGCUAUAGUUCCAACCUCGUAUGAAGCUUUUGAAGGAGCAAUCAAAGAUGCAUUUGAAAAGCUAGUUGAAGCAGGAAAGACUACUCCUGUAAAGGAAAUUACACCUCCUCAAAUACCUGAGGAUCUUAGCACGGCAAUUGAGAGUGGAAAAGUUCGGGCCCCAACUCAUAUCAUUUCCACAAUAUCUGACGAUAGAGGUGAAGAGCCUUGCUAUGCUGGCGUACCCAUGUCAUCCAUUGUGGAGCAGGGACUUGGUGUUGGUGAUGUAAUAUCUCUCUUGUGGUUCAAACGUAGCCUACCACGUUAUUGCACACGUUUUAUUGAGAUUUGCGUCAUGUUAUGUGCUGAUCAUGGUCCUUGUGUCUCUGGUGCACACAAUUCCAUUGUAACUGCCAGGGCUGGAAAAGAUUUGGUUUCCUGCCUUGUUUCUGGAUUGCUGACUAUUGGUCCGCGUUUUGGUGGUGCUAUUGAUGAUGCUGCCCGGUACUUCAAGGAUGCUUAUGACAAGGGUCUUACUCCAUAUGAGUUUGUGGAAAGUAUGAAGAAGAAGGGCAUUCGAGUUCCAGGAAUUGGCCACAGGAUUAAGAGAGGUGACAACAGAGAUAAGAGAGUGGAACUACUGCAGCGUUAUGCUAGGGAAAAUUUCCCUUCUGUUAAGUACAUGGAAUAUGCUGUUCAGGUUGAAACUUACACACUGUCAAAGGCAAACAACCUAGUCCUCAACGUUGAUGGUGCCAUCGGAUCCCUCUUCUUGGAUCUCCUUGCGGGCAGUGGAAUGUUCACCAAGCCAGAAAUUGAUGAAAUAGUGGAGAUUGGUUACCUCAAUGGACUUUUCGUGCUGGCUCGUUCAAUUGGGCUUAUAGGGCACACAUUUGACCAGAAGAGAUUGAAGCAGCCAUUGUACCGUCACCCAUGGGAAGAUGUCCUCUACACAAAGUGAAGAGUCUCCCCAUAACAACAGGCAGAAAGUUGCCUUCUCCCAAUCUAUAGUUUUCAUUCAAACCAUUAAGUUAGCCAUUUGUUGUGUGUGAGCGUUUUGUUCAU